AGGAGGGAGGAAGGGCGGGCUGGGCGCCGGGGCGGGAGAGCUGGGCCAGGCUGGAGGGGCUGCUUCUGGCCCAGGCUCAGAGUCCGUGCUCCCCCACACUCUCCUUCCCAGGCUGGACCGUCCCACCCGAAUCCGCUUCUCAGACUCCACUGGCAGCGUCCUGUUCGAACACCCUGCAGCUCCGACCCAAGAUGGCUUGGUGUGUGGGGUGUGGCGAGCAGUGCCUCGGUUGUCUCUGCGGCUCCUCAGGGCAGAACAGCUACAUGUGGCACUUGUGACACCCACUCAUCCUUCAGGGGCGGUCUGGGGGCCCCUCAUCCGGCACCGGGCUCUGGCUGCAGAGACCUUCAGUGCCAUCCUCACCCUGGAAGGCACCCCACAACAGGGCAUAGGUGGCAUCACCCUACUCACUCUCAGUGACACAGAGGACUCCUUGCAUUUUUUGCUGCUCUUCCGUGGGCUGCUGGAAUCCAGGAGUGGGGGACCAGCCCAGGUUCCCUUGCGGCUCCAGAUUCUACACCAGGGGCAGCUAUUGCGAGAGCUCCAGGCCAAUGCCUCAGCCCAGGACCCAGGCUUUGCUGAGGUGCUGCCUAACCUGACAGCCCAGGAGAUGGACUGGCUGGUGCUGGGGAAGCUGCAGAUAGCCCUGGAGAGGGCAGGUAGCCCAGGGCUGCGUAUCAGUGGACACAUUGCCGCCAGGCAGAGCUGCGAUGUCCUCCAAAGUGUCCUUUGUGGGGCCGAUGCCCUGAUCCCAGUUCAGACAGGUGCAGCUGGCUCAGCCAGCCUUACACUGCUAGGAAAUGGCUCCCUAAUCUACCAGGUGCAAGUGGUAGGUACAGGCAGCGAGGUGGUGGCCAUGACGCUGGAGACCAAGCCUCAGCGGAGGGACCAGCGCACUGUCCUGUGCCACAUGGCUGGACUCCAGUCGGGAGGACACACAGCCAUGGGCGUCUGCCCUGGGCUGGGUGCCCGAGGGACUCAUAUGCUGCUGCAGAAUGAGCUAUUCCUGAAUGUGGCCACCAAGGACUUCCCAGAUGGAGAGCUGCGGGGGCAUGUGGCUGCCCUGCCCUACAGUGGGCACAGCGCCCGCCAUGACACACUGCCUGUGCCCCUGGCAGGAGCCCUGGUGUUGCCCCCUGUGCAGAGUCAGGCAGCAGGGCAUGCCUGGCUCUCCCUGGAUACCCAUUGUCACCUGCACUAUGAAGUGCUGCUGGCUGGGCUUGGUGGCUCAGAACAGGGCACUGUCACUGCCCACCUCCUUGGUCCACAUGGGAUGCCAGGGCCCCGGCGGCUGCUGAAGGGAUUCUAUGGCCCAGAGGCCCAGGGCGUGGUGAAGGACCUGGAGCCUGAGCUGCUGCUGCACCUGGCACAGGGCACUGCCUCCCUGCUGAUCUCCACCAAGGGGAGCCCCCAAGGGGAGCUUCGAGGGCAGGUGCACAUCGCCAACCAAUGCGAGGUAGGCGGCCUGCGCCUGGCGGAGGCAGGGGCGGAGGAGGCCCGGAAGCCUGGGGCUCCCGAGGCAGUGGGCGCAGCUGCACUGCCCAUGCUGCCCGCUGUGCUCGGCCCUGAUGCCCCAGCGCCAGUCAAACCAGGCAGCCCCUGGAGAGCCCGAGACCCCAACACCUGCUUCUUCGAGGGACAGCAGCGCCCCCAUGGGGCUCGCUGGGCACCUAACUACGACCCGCUCUGCUCACUCUGCACCUGCCAGAGGCGGACAGUGAUUUGUGACCCUGUGGUGUGCCCGCUGCUCAGCUGCCCGAGUCCAGUGCAGGUGCCGGACCAGUGCUGCCCUGUGUGCCCCGAGAAACAAGAUGUCAGAGACCUGCCAGGGCUGCCGAGGAGCAGGGACCCCGGAGAGGGCUGUUAUUUUGAUGGUGACCGGAGCUGGCGGGCAGCGGGUACCCGGUGGCAUCCUGUCGUUCCCCCUUUUGGCUUAAUUAAGUGUGCCGUCUGCACCUGCAAGGGGGACACGGGAGAGGUGCACUGUGAGAAGGUGCAGUGUCCCCGGCUGGCCUGUGCCCAGCCUGUCCGCGCCAACCCCACUGACUGCUGCAAACAGUGUCCAGUGGGGUCAGGAACCCACCUACAACUGGGGGACCCCAUGCAGGCCGAUGGGCCCCGGGGCUGCCGGUUUGCAGGGCAGUGGUUUCCGGAGAGCCAGAGCUGGCACCCCUCAGUGCCCCCCUUUGGGGAGAUGAGCUGCAUCACCUGCAGGUGUGGGGCAGGGGUGCCCCACUGUGAGCGAGAUGACUGUUCGGUGCCACUGUCCUGCGGCUCAGGGAAGGAGAGUCGAUGCUGCUCCCACUGCACGUCCCGCCGGUCAGCCCCGGAGACCAGGACAGCGCCAGAGCUGAAGCAAGAAGCCCAGGGCUCCUAGGGAGCAGCGGGAAGGCCCAUGACCAAGAGGACGGGGCCUGGGCUGGGAGAAGGAGUGGCGCCGAGGACCCUGCAUCCUCCUGCGGGAAACCCAGUGCCUUUGGCUCCUCUUUUCCACCUCUUCUCCCUCCCCGACUACCUCUGGGACCACAACUCCACAAGGGGGAGGGCUGUCAGGGCAGACCCAGGCCAUGUCCACUCCAACUCCUGCCCUGUCACCCUCUGGCCUCUGCCUUGGAAGCCCAACCCCUUUCCUUCUGUACAUAAUGUCACUGGCUUGUUGGGAUUUUUAAUUUAUCCUCACUCAGCACCAAGGGUCCCCCCACCACUUCACUCCUGCUGCCCCUGAGCUGAGCAGAGUCAUUAUUGAAGAUUUUUG